AUUAUUGGAAAUACUCUAACACUUAAUACUAUAGGAGAAAGCCAGAGUUUGGGGAAUAAAAAGAGGACAGAAGAUCCGCUUUGUCUGAUGGAGCGUUUGCACUCCCUGCAUCAAGGUCCAGGAGAGCCGAAAAAAAAGAAAUCUGGAGAGAAGAAUGUCUGGAACAGGAAUCUGCGUAGUAAAGAAAAGAGAAACAGAAACUGCACGGAUUCUUCUGGAUUUGGCAGCAAAUAUAAGGUAGAAGCAGAGCUGCUGCGCAUGCGCUUUUGAGCUGUCGGUAACGCACUUGGUUCCAAUUUGGCACAGAAGCGCGCAGAAGAGAAGCUCAGUCUCGGGGUUCUUGUUGGGUAGAAUGUCGCCUAAUGAAGCAGCAGUAAUGAUGAAGUGCUUGUAUCUUUUGUCUGUUGUGUUUCACGUGGCUGCAGGCUGUGAUCUCUCUGGUGAUGAUAAUUGGUUAGAAAUCACACAACUCAAAGGUGGUUCAGUGCUGUUACCCUGCUCCUGCUCUGACCUGCUCUCCAAACCUCAGACAUUCACCUGGAUGAUCUUCAGAACAGGACGUCUGACUGAAAUGUUAAAUGAUGAACACUACCGUGGCAGACUUGAGCUGUUUAAUAACACUUCUCCUGCUAAUCUGUCACUACUCAUAUCUGACCUGAGAGAAGAAGAUGAGGGAAACUACAGGUGCAGCACUGAGAAGGAACACAGAUACAUCACUCUUUAUGUUAAAGGCUGUGAGCUGGUGAACAAAAAAGAGGUAGUGGUGGUGACUGGGUUCACAGGAGAGUCUGUAGUUCUGCCCUGCUUCUGCACUGACCUACAGGACGACCCAAAGACUAUAAAAUGGGAGUUGCAUUUUCAGGAAAUUUACCCUGAACAGACUGAACAACACAAAAACAGAGUCAAACAGGUCAAUAAAAACCCUCCAGGAAACCUCUCUCUACUCAUAUCAAACCUGACUAAAGAGGACGAGGGAUUCUAUACUUGUUUUGUACAGCGUGAUUGGACUUACGUCACUCUAUAUGUUAAUGUAAAAACAGAAUCUUCCACACCGUCGAGAAAAAACGACACAACACCUGUAUUAGACCAGCUUACGAGUAAAACAACAUUCUCCCCACCUGCAUCAUCCUCAACAACACAAGUAGGAAAAACAGAAACUUCAACAUCGUUGAGAAAAAACGACACAACACCUGUAUUAGACCAGCCUACAAGUAAAACAACAAUCUCCCCACCUGCAUCAUCCUCAACAACACAAGUUUUAGGCUCUCUGGUGGCUUUACUGCCCGGUAUUGUGGUAUUUCUUUGGUGGAGCUGCAAAGGAAGAAGAUCUGGAGAGUAUGUGAUGACUAAAGAACAUCUGGAGUGUAUGGGAAAGCAGAAGGAUCAGAGGGGGAGCAGCACAGGAUCAGAUGACCACUGAAGGGAAAAGUGAUUAUAAAGUGUUAUAAAAAAUGAAAGUUAAUAUAGACAUUCUUAUAUAUAUAUGACACAUACACAUCAUGGCUACAGGAUUUUCAGUAUUUUUCUAAAUAUUGUUAAAAAAAAUAUAU